AUGUCUGUAAUAAAAAGCUCCGCCUUGGCAUCUAUAACAUCCGCUUAUACUGAUUCUGAGGAUGAAAUUGAUGAUUGUACGCUAUAUGACCAUCAGGAAACAUUACCUAUACACGCUAUCAUACCACAAAGUUUUCAAAAGAGUAACUCUUCAACCCCCGAAAAGUUGACCAUGACGGAAGAAUUGGUAUCAGAUUAUAAAUUUGAAGAGGACGACUUUCAACUUCUACCAACGUCUGUAGAUCCAUAUCCUCCAGAAUUACAGGCAAGAUUUAAUAAUUAUAUCAAAGUUGCAGAAUCAAGUGGUUUAGAUUUUAAUUCGGUGAUGCAAAAUCGGAAGGAAUUCAAGAAUCCAUCUAUUUGCGAGAAGCUUAUUCUUCAUUGCGGCUUAGAUGAAUCCGGUACCAAUUUCUCAUCAGAUGUAUUCGACCGAUUCAAGUGGAGUAAAGAAGCUCACUAUAAUCAACUGGAUAAUGCCCAACAAAAGUUGAUGAGUCAACUGGAAAAAUCAAAAACUCAACAAGUAAAAGUUGAAAUUGUAUCUGGUGUCGCUAAACAUCCUUCUCCCAACGAACUUAAUAGACAUUCUAUUGAACUUUCAAAUUAA